AUGCCGGAUCUCAACCGUCCCUCUCUAGCCUCAAUGGCCAGCGUCGUACAAGUCAAGUUGUAUCCUUUGCACAACCAGCUAUCCUAUUGCACUUGCUCACAGUACGAUGAUGGAACCUCCAAUCCUCGUCGAAUACCCCAAGGAUGGCAUCGUCAAAAUUACCUUGAACCGCCCCAAGGCCAUGAAUGGAAUCAGCGUCGACCUGCUCCAAGAGCUCGUCAAGGCACUGCACGCCCAUCAAAAAAGUCGCGUCAUCGUAUUGGAAGGCGCAGGCGACCGAUCAUUCUGCGCCGGAGAAGACUUGAGCUGAGAGAAGCCUUCCACGGACUGCAAGACAUCACCCGCUUGACUUCAUCCUCCCGAGCUAUCAUCAUCGCCGCCGUGCAUGGUUUUGCAAUUGGUGGAGGCGCCGAAAUCGCUCUCGCUGCCGACUUCGUCAUCGGAGGGCCUGGGGCCCGGUUCCGUUUUCCAGGGGUUAUGCUCGGAUAUGCCGUGACGGGUGGAAUCAGUCUACGUCUCGUGCGACUUGUCGGCCUUCUGAAGGCUAAGGAGCUGCUUCUCACAGACAGAUGGGUGGACGCAGAUGAGGCGCUGAAACUGGGCAUGGUUAACGAAGUCAGCGACGAGCCGAAGCAAAGAGCGAUGUGA